AAUCCUAUCAAAGAAACAGCAGAGCUGUGUGGGAAGAAAGUUGAAGGAGGACGGCUCCUGCUGACACAUUCUGCUCAGCACCACGGACAGCGAACGAUUGGGAGCUCGGACACAACCUGUCCAUCGAUAUCGGAGAAUUAUAGAAGAAUCAGAGGACUGAACUGACAAUGAGGAGGAGUUUGAUUUGGGAUAUCCGCCAAUCUUAAUCAAAUCACACAGAGGCUUUGACAUUUUUCUGCUCGCCAAAGUAAGCAUGUUGUCUUGAUCUCUGAAUCCUUAAUGCAGUGUGCGGCUGGUUAAAAAAAUGUAGCUUUGCAGUGGGAAUACAACAAGUUAUUAAGCAUAGAGUUGAGAUACAACUGGUGCGGACAUACACAGUAUCGCCUAACGCAGGCAUUACUGUAGAGCUUGUAGAUCUGCCGUGCGUAAAAGCUGUGGCACCGUUCCCAGCGAUACUCCUGCUUGAGCAAAACGGAUGCAUUGUGUUUUCAGUGUCAGGCAAAAUGACUCGUCAAUAAUUAGUGUUAUUAAAGACACCGGAGGGGUGACUGUCGUUAUACAUCUGUGGUCGUUCAGAGGCUUGUAUGAAACCUAGAAAGUAGGUUACAUGCAACACGUCGUUCUCUCUGGAGCUGACUCAUGAUGCACGGUACGCAGGAAGAGGACACACAUUUCCAGUUAAAGAGUACCGGUAGGUGAACUCACCGUGUUCCCAUGAUUCUCUCUCUCUGUCUGUGUCUCUUGCGCGCACAAACACACACUUAAAUUUCAGACAAGCGACAUCUAGCAAUAGUUAAGAUAGGUCAAAGCCCUUUUUAUUUGCUUUUUAAUCUGAUACCUUGAGGCGUGGUGGCUACUGAUUCUCCUCCUGUUUCAGUUCCAAAGUAAGAAUGGAAACUAGCAGGGCAGAGGUAAAGACUUUCUUCUAAGUCAGUGAGAACAAGAGGAAACAUAUUAUACACCUGGACUCUGUGGUUCCAUCUUCCUCUCUGAACCCCACAAUGGAGCCUCUAGACCAGAUGCACUGGUUUCCCUUCUCAGCAGACCUCAACUCCUCCAAUGGAGCCACUCCCUCACCCUACCUCUUUUCCUACCCUCACCUCUUCAACAUCUCCUCCAACCUGUCCACCCAGAGUGUACCCUUUGAGGGCAGCAGCACUCUGUUGACGGCAGUCAUCUCCCUCACAGUCUUCAUGGUGGGUCUGACUGGCAACACUCUGGCCAUCUAUGUGGUGCUGCGCUACGCCAAAAUGAAGACAGUCACCAGCAUCUAUAUCCUGAACCUGGCUGUGGCCGAUGAACUCUACAUCAUCGGGCUCCCUUUCCUCACCACGCAGAACGUGCUCUCCUAUUGGCCGUUUGGCUCCUUCCUGUGCCGCGUGGUCAUGACAGCAGACUCUAUGAAUCAGUUCACAUCUAUUUUCUGCCUGACGGUCAUGUCCAUUGAUCGUUACCUGGCUGUGGUUCAUCCGAUCCGCAGCACCAAGUGGAGACAUCCCCGGGUGGCCAAGGUGGUGAGCGCAGCUGUGUGGGGCCUGUCCUUUGUGGUGGUCCUGCCUGUGGUCAUCUUCUCUGAUGUUCAGGACACAUUCAACUCCUGCAACAUGAUUUGGCCAGAGCCAAAAAACGUGUGGUCAACUGCUUUCAUUCUCUACACUGCCACAGUGGGCUUCUUUGGACCGCUGCUCAUCAUUUGCCUCUGCUACCUACUUAUUGUUAUCAAGGUGAAGUCCUCAGGGGCGCGGGCGGGCUUCACCAAACGUCGCCGCUCGGAGCGCAAGGUGACGCGGAUGGUGGUAGUGAUCGUGGUGGUGUUUGUGCUGUGCUGGCUGCCGUUCUUCAUCAUUAACAUGGUCAAUCUGGUGGUCAUCAUCCCAGAGUCCAGCACCACUGCUGGCAUCUAUUUCUUUGUUGUCAUCCUGUCCUACGCCAACUCCUGCGCCAACCCGGUGCUCUACGGCUUCCUGUCGGACAACUUUAAACAGAGCUUCAGAAAAGUGCUGUGUGUGAGGAGUAUGAGGUGCAAUGCCAGCGGUGUAGAUGAUGGCGACCCCAGCGCUCCGCGCACUGAGAAGACCACAGCACAUGAGUGCAUCUUGCUCUCCCCUCGUAACCAGGUCUACCACGACCCCCAGAGCAGCCAGAUUUCUCCUCAACCUCCAGGCUCGCCUACCUCUCAUACAGCAGCAGACCUGCACCGCUCCACCCCUACAUGUCUAUCUCCCUCCACUUUCCCGGGAACGGGACCCACCAUCGUAACCUCCACAGCAGCUUCCAUGGUAACCUCCAUGGUAACCCCGGCCGAUCUUCCCACCAUCACUGCCCUGACUACAGCCCCCUCCUCAACUGCAGGUCCACAGCAACAGUAGACAGUUGAUUUCAGUGACAAGAGAAACAAAGGAGGUAAAACAUGAUACAAGACUACAGAAGUGGAAGCAGAGAUGGAAGUUGGAGAGUUGGUUUAGCUGAUGAACAUAAAAACAAAAACGGAUGCAUUUCUGCAAUUACAAUGUAAAAAUCAAUCUAUUGGACUAUUUUCGGACACACACUUGAACACUCAUUCUAAAUGCAUUGUAGCAUUUACGCUCCGUAUCGGUGAAACAAUCUCAUGAAUAUUUUUCAUAUCUCAUAUCAUGUGUAUCGGCAUCUGUAUGAAUCGUUCGGCUGUUUACCGAGCUCUGUUUUUCUUUCCAUUGAGCCAUCUCAGUGCCUUUCCAGCCGCUCUCAGCAAUCAUCACGACUCCUAAAUGGACACAGAAACAUUAACACCUUCCCUCUCUCUCACUUCCUGUUUUCCUGUUACACAGUACUUUAGGAAUGUAUUUACCUUUCAGAACCAAAAAAAUCCAUUGUGGAUAUAUUUAAAACCAGAGGAGAAGAUUUCCUGCAGGUAAUCGGGCAUUACAGGGUUCUGUCUUGCAAACACUCUGUGAGUUUAGGCUGAAAAGAUUAGGGUAUUUUUAGAUAAAAACAUGCUUACUACAGCUUUAAUCAAACAGCUAAGCCACACAGUGUUCUAAUUCAGUAUCAAAAAUUAUCUGUAUGCUUUUUCCGUUACAAGCUAACUUCUGUUGUCUGUACUUCAAUUCAGUGGAUAAAUUGUGUUGAAUGAACUUCUAGUUUCAGAAAAUGGCUUGCUUGCUGUUUGUCAACUUUGCCUGCUCAGUGUUUUUCUGUAAACAUGUAGCCAGCAUUGAACAUAAAACCUCUGACCUCUUUGUAUAUAUGCCUCUUGUGUCUUUGCAUUUGCAUGUCAUGUACAGUAUGUGUGUGUGUGCAUGUAUAUUUGUGGCUGCACAUACGUAUGUAUGUAUAUGUUGCUCUCUCUGCAGAAGCUGGUAAAUCCAGGGUUUAUUGUUGCUAGUGAAAUUCUGUGACUAUGCUUUGCUCAGCGCCUUGUUUAUUGUACAGUAGAUGGUAUUUCUGAUCCGUCUGGCAGCACUGUACCUCCGGUAACUUUGGCCUUUGAAAUGCUUAUAUUGCAAGCGUCUAAAUCCUUUUAUUAUGAAAGGUCCUGUGUUGUUUUUGGGACAGGAUGGAAAGCAUUAUACCACAGGCGUAGAAAUACUUGUUUCUGAUUGACUGGUAGGUGCCCUUGAAGGACAUAUAAUAGGACACCUCAGACACCUUUCCAGCCAACCACAUCAACCAACGCUGGUAACCAUAGCAACAAUGUUUCUGCUUUUUGCUACGCCACUGUUGAAAUGAUGGAAUAAUACAAAACAUGAGUUAAUUUGAAUAUAAACAAACAUUAAAAAUUAUAAUUUGCCAGUAGCACAGUGAGUGGUAAUUGUACAAGAAUAAAAAAUACGCUCCUGUCUUGUUUUUGUAUGUUAGGACACCUAAAGUGUUUCUGUAUUAUCGCUUUUGUAAACAGUUGCUAUUUUUAGUCAUUGUGGUAAAGAUUAUUCAAUAAAAACGUAUACAAGAAUCAUAAAACGUUUACAUCAGUGGAAUGAGUUUAAUGCAAUGGCGGAGUGAGUAUGGGUUUAGAAAAUAUCAGUGGUGGAUAGUUGUGCUUUUUCAGACACUUUUUAUCUGUGUAAAGAAGCUGAUCAGGUGAAUAUAAUGAGUGGAGACGAUGACAGAGACACUUAUGGAAACUUGCAAGAAGAAAAAAAUCUAGACUGUUCAUAAUGAAGGCUUUCACAUGCAAAUGCAGAAACCAUGUUGUAUAUUUUACUGGAUUAUCUAUAGUUGUUCAAAUGCUUCAGUGCUGUAUGUUUGUUGGGUUUCUUUGAAAUAAAAUUAUGUGAUCAAAACCAGA